GAUUUCUAGACCCAGCCCACCAAGCCCACAUCAUCUCUGAAUCCGAUUGUCUCUCCUACUUCACCCAUUUCUUAAUAAUUUAGCCAACGAUCGUUUUGAUCUCUUUUUCUCCUCCUCUUCUGCCUCGUCUCUUGUUUCUAUUUCCUCACCUCUCCUCGAUCUAACCACCAAAACACCGUGAAUCCCAUCUCAUCUUCACUCUCCGUUUGAUUCUGUACACUUUUUGAAUUUUGUUUUCGAAAUGUAUUUCCUAUUUUUUGAUUCAAUUGUUUCCCCGUGUACUCAAGUUUGUGAUCUGAUCCUGGAUUUUAUUGUUCUAGCUUGAUCUGGGAAAGUUAUACGAUUAGUUCGGAAUCUGCUUCGAUUCUUUGUUUUGGGGCGUUGAGAUGGCGGGGCAAAAUCAGGAUCCAUUCGAAUCUUACUUCAGGAAAGCAGAUUUAGAUGGGGAUGGCAGAAUUAGUGGAGCUGAGGCUGUUUCUUUCUUUCAAGGAUCCGGUUUGUCCAAACAAGUCCUCGCUCAGAUAUGGACAUAUGCUGAUCAAAGCCAUAGUGGUUCCCUAAGUAAGCCAGAGUUUUUUAAUGCUCUCAAGCUUGUGACUGUAGCACAAAGGCGUGAAUUAACACCAGACAUUGUCAAGGCAGCAUUAUACGGUCCUGCUGCAGCAAAAAUUCCAGCGCCACAAAUUAAUUUUCCUUCUACAUCCGCUCCACAGAUGGGUGCAGCUAUGCCAACAUCCUCUUCAAGUCCUGGGUUCAGAGGACCAGAAGCUCCAAAUGCUGGUAUGGGCCAGCAGCAGUUCCCUUCUCAACAAAACCUGUCAAUGAGACCCCCGCAAACCAUGCCUACUGCACCUGCCCUGCGUCCUCAAGGUAUUGUAGCUCCCGAGUUUUCUAGGGGAGGUAGUACAGUUGGUCAACCUCAAGCUAUGUCCGCUGGUAUGACUUCCCUUUCGCAUCAAUCUAUGCCCACUGGUAUGACUUCCCUUUCGCAUCAAUCUAUGCCCACUGCUGCAACUGGUCCUGGUUUCACAAAUCAAAAUAUGCCAAGCAAUUGGCUUGCUGGAAAGACUGGUGUAGCUUCAACUGGGCCAGGAGGGUUCACUCCAUCAACAGCACCAAAGCUUCAAACAGCAGUUUCGUUGCCUUCCCAGCCUACUGCUAAUGAUUCUAAAGCAUUGGUUGUUUCUGGAAAUGGACCUGCUUCUAACUCCACAUUUGGAGGUGAUGCAUUUUCUGCAGCCUCAUUUAUGUCAAAGCAAGAAUUAUCUGCACAAACCUUUGCUCCGCACAGUGCACCCACCUCAUCAGGGGUUAGACCAGUUUCAAGUGUGCCCCAACCAUUAGUUAAGUCCAACUCUCUUGACUCAUUGCAAAGUACAUUGUCUGUGCCUUAUGCUGGUAGUCAAAGUCAAAGGCCAUACCCUUCUUUAAUCUCAGGCCAGCAAGCUUCUUCUCAAAGUUCCUCCUCUAUUACACCAUCUGGAAUCUCUGUUGGAGCUGGUGCUACUUCGAGCAGUUCCCAGCCUCCAUGGCCAAAAAUGAAACCAUCUGAUGUUCAGAAAUAUACAAAAGUGUUCAUGGAAGUGGACACUGACAGAGAUGGGAAAAUAACUGGUGAGCAGGCGAGGAAUCUAUUUUUGAGUUGGAGGCUACCUAGAGAGGUUUUGAAGCAGGUAUGGGACUUAUCUGAUCAGGAUAGUGAUAGCAUGCUUUCUUUGAGAGAGUUCUGUUUUGCUCUCUAUUUGAUGGAGCGGUAUAGGGAAGGCCGUCCUCUUCCAUCUGCACUCCCAAAAAAUGUUAUGUUUGAUGAGACACUCUUGUCCAUGACAGGCCAAACCAAUGUUUCGUAUGGAAAUCCAGCUUGGGGUCCCAAUCCUGGUUUCGGACAGCAGCCAGGAAUGGGUGCCCAACCAGGGAUGGGUGCCCAACCAGGGAUGGGUGCCCAGCCGAUUACUCACUCAACUGGUUUAAAACUUCCAAUUCUUCCCAAUGCUUCUGCUGAUACUACUACAAUGUCCAACCAACAAAAGCCAAGAGCACCUGUUUUGGAUGACUCCUUUGGAACUCAAGUUGAUAAUACUGAACAGAAUUCAGAGAACGGAACAGCCCAAGAUCUAAUGGCUAAUGGAGACAAGGUUAAUGGAACUGAAAAAGUGAUUUUGGAUUCCAAGGAGAAGCUUGAGUUCUACCGUGAGAAAAUGCAGGAACUUGUCAUGUAUAAAAGCAGAUGUGAUAAUAGACUGAAUGAAAUCACGGAAAGGGCAAUUGCAGAUAAGCGUGAGGCUGAAAUGUUGGCAAAGAAAUACGAAGAGAGAUACAAGCAAGUUGCAGAAAUAGCUUCCAAAUUAACAAUUGAAGAGGCAAAAUUUCGUGAGAUUCAGGAGAGGAAGACAGAAUUGCACCAGGCUAUUGUUAACAUGGAACAAGGGGGCAGUGCAGAUGGUAUUCUUCAGGUCCGUGCUGACCGCAUACAAUCGGAUCUUGAGGAGCUAAUGAAAGCCCUGACUGAACGAAGCAAGAAACAUGGACAUGAUGUUAACUCAGCUGCAGUAAUUGAGCUACCCACAGGUUGGCAACCUGGAGUACCUGAGGGAGCAGCACUCUGGGACGAAGAGUGGGACAAAUUUGAAGAUGAAGGAUUUGGAAAUGAGCUCACCAUGGAUGUGAAAAAUGUGUCCGACUCUCAGAGAGGAAAAGCAUCUCCGAAUGGUAGCUUGACCCCUGAUUCCUCCUAUGUGAAUGGAAAAACUGGGAAUCUCUUCAGUGCUGAAUAUGCCUUUGAGAGCGAGUCUGCAUAUGCACACAGUGAAGAUGAAUCCGCCAGAAGUCCUCAUGGUAGUCCUGCAGAGAGAAACUCUCUAGAAAGUCCAUCUCGACAAUUUUCUGAUGACCAUUUUGAGAAGAGUACUGAAGCAGAUUCAGAAAGACAUCGAAGUUUUGAUGAAUCAGGAUGGGGGACCUUCGAUAAUGAUGAUACGGACUCUGUCUGGGGAUUUAAUUCUGUUAAUACCAAGGACGUGGAUUCGGAGCACAGAGACUUUUUCGGAUCAAGCGAUUUUGGUGUACACACAAGAACAGAAUCACCUCGUGCAGAUAGCUUUUAUGAUAAGAAGAGUCCAUUUACAUUUGAAGACUCGGUUCCCAGCACUCCGGCCUCCAAAUUUGGGAACUCUCCAUCAAGGUUCAGUGAGACGUCAAGGGAUUUUGACAGUUUCUCAAGGUUUGAUUCCUUCAGCAUGAAUGAUGGUGGAUUUUCAACGCAACCUGAUAGGUUCACGAGGUUCGACUCCGUAGACAGCAGCAAAGACUUUAGCAGUGGAUUUUCACGGCAACCCGAAACGCUCACUAGGUUUGAUUCCAUAAAUAGCAGCAAAGACUUUGGCCAUGGAUUCUCAUUCGAUGACUCCGACCCGUUCGGCUCCAGCGGCCCAUUUAAAGUCUCAUCGGACCAACAUAGCCCGAAGAAAGAUUGGCGCGCUUUCUAGCUGGUAAUCCAAAAGGUAAAGAGAAGUAAUUUUCACGCGGGCUCUUCUAUUCAUUUGCUGUUUUUGUUUGGUUGGCUACCUUUUUGCUAUGCACUGUUGUGUUUAAAUAUUUGUGCAGAGCAUGGAAUUGGAUUGUUGUAAAGUUGUGGCUGUAUUUCUUUUAUAUGGCGCGACAUUUUUUUUGGCAACUUGGCAUGCCAGAAUAGUGAUUGAAAAAUAAUCAAAAACUC